CAGAAUGAUGUAUGUGCAGAGUUUGACACUCGAAGGCUGUUUUCACAUUCAUCUGCUGAAGGGGGAAAGUUUGUGCUCACCUUUUCCCAACCUCAGUUUGCCUAUGGGAAUGAUUUGUGACAUCACAACUAUUUUGCGGCCAAUCAUGGUCCAGUAUUCAACUUACAUAAGUGUGAUGUGGAAACUUGAAGCAUUCAGUGCACAUACAUGUGAAUGGAUGGCAUCUUGCAUCUUCAAAGCAGAGUAUUUUUAUACUUCUUAAACCAUUUCUGGAGUGGGUCUUUAAAAUUAACAGAAGUGUUAUGAUAAAUUUAUGAUGUUUGGUGCGUUCCACAUUUAAUUAUUUUAGUAAGAUAGUUAUAAUUGACCCUAUUGCUUUUCCCAUAUUUGUAUAGUACCUCCUUAGUAAGUGAAAAAAUGUCCUAUCCGGAAAGAUAUUUUCAAACACCAGACAGUGUGAUUUGAAACGUGUUUCAAAUGAUAAAAAACUCAACACUGACCUUUUAUUCAUCCUCAAACUCUCCUAAACUCUCACCUUCAUCAACAGAGGCUCAUAUUUGUUCAGAUUACUACCUUGGCGAGGUCCAUCUGCGUUAAACUAUCUUCUUUGGUCGAUCAUGUGCCUUUCAUUCCUGGAAUCUCCAACCGCGGACAGGAGGUUGAAGAUGAAUUCUAUGAACAGUGUUAGCAGCUCAGAGGACAUCAAGCCUCCGCCGGGCCUACAGAAUCUGGGAAACAUCAACUACCAGUGUACAAGCCCCGGGGGGAUGUCAAAGCACAUCUGCGCCAUAUGUGGGGACCGCUCCUCAGGAAAGCACUAUGGCGUGUACAGCUGCGAGGGAUGCAAAGGCUUCUUUAAGAGGACCGUCCGCAAAGAUCUAACCUACACAUGUCGAGACAGCAAGGAGUGCCUGAUUGACAAGCGCCAGCGAAACCGCUGCCAAUAUUGUCGCUAUCAGAAGUGCCUGGCCAUGGGCAUGAAAAGAGAAGCGGUGCAGGAAGAGCGGCAGCGUGGGAAGGAGCGGGGGGAGAAUGAGGUGGAAUCUACUAGCAGUUUCAAUGAGGACAUGCCUGUGGACAAGAUCCUGGAUGCUGAGCUGGCUGUGGAGCCCAAAACAGAGACGUACAGCGACGGUAGCCCCGGCAACUCAACCAACGACCCCGUCACCAAUAUCUGCCAAGCAGCAGACAAGCAGCUCUUCACCUUAGUGGAGUGGGCCAAGAGGAUCCCGCACUUCUCCGAACUCCCCCUUGAUGACCAAGUCAUCUUAUUACGAGCAGGCUGGAAUGAGCUGCUUAUCGCCUCGUUCUCGCAUCGCUCAGUCACGGUAAAAGAUGGCAUCUUAUUGGCUACGGGCCUCCACGUCCACAGAAGCAGCGCCCACAGUGCUGGAGUGGGCUCCAUCUUUGAUAGAGUCCUGACAGAGUUGGUAUCCAAAAUGAAAGAUAUGCAGAUGGAUAAGACGGAGCUGGGCUGCUUGCGAGCCAUCGUCCUCUUCAACCCAGAUGCAAAAGGUCUUUCAAACCCACCAGAGGUCGAGGGCCUGAGGGAAAAGGUCUACGCAUCAUUGGAGUCGUACACAAAACAGAAAUACCCAGACCAGCCUGGAAGGUUUGCCAAGCUGCUGCUCCGCCUGCCCGCCCUGCGCUCCAUCGGCCUCAAGUGCCUGGAGCAUCUGUUCUUCUUCAAGCUGAUUGGCGACACGCCUAUCGACACUUUCCUGAUGGAGAUGCUGGAGGCACCACAUCAGAUCACAUGACACCAGUCCCCCUCUUCCCCCUGUAUAUACUCCCACGUUGUCAGUGAUAUGAAGAUGGAUUAAAAAAGACUUGAUUCAAAUUGUAAAACUGCGUAUUUUGUACC